AGCAGUCGUUCGGAAAUGUUCGGGUGUUGUCUGUGUUCGGCUCCCGUUUGCUGCAUAAAAUGCAAGAUGGUUUUCUCCUAUACAGCCAAGACAGGCAUUGGAACUUUAUUGCGACACGAAUGUGAUGUAGUAAAGGGAAAACUUACCAAUCAGCCAUCUAUCAAGGAAUUUGUGAAACAUGAUUUUCCCAGGAGCGUGCUUUGCAAUUUGGCAUGCAAGCAACUGAAACUAGUUGUCAAAGACUUGCAGCGUCUGAAUGCUACUGAAGGUGAAGGAUUCCAAGAAUACGUCCAAGAGGUCAUCAAUGUUGUUUCUACCUAUGGCAAACAAAAUUUUAAGGACUUGGUAGUGUCGAGGUGAACUUUAACCCGAGAUAUUAUGGUGACGGAGUAUACCAGAAUCAACUCGGAGCCACAAAAAACUCUACAUUUGUAUGAGCUAGCAGUUACUACGGAUAUGUGGACAGAUACUUACACCCAAAGAAGUUGUAUAUCAUUAAGCGCCCAUUAUAUAACAAACUUAUUUGAGCUUAAAGUUUCUAUAUUAGGUAUCAAAGAAUUUACCUCGGAAAAGAAAACGGCUGUUAACAUUUUGACCCACGUUCAAAAUAUCUUAGAGAAGUACGAUUUAAAAUCAAGUUUGCAUAAGUAAUUGUAACCGACAAUGGCGCAAAUGAUGUCGCAGCUUUUAACAAGUACAAACGAAUUUCAUGCGCCUGCCAUAACUUAAAUUUAGUUAUGGAGGACGUUUUAGAAAGGAAUCGUAAUCAGAAACUUGAAAUUCUUUUGGAUAAAUGUAAAAAAUUGGUUGGAUAUUUUAAGCAUUCCGAGUUGAACAACAAAAUUAACUAUGAGUCUGAAACAAGAUGUAAGAACUCGAUUCUUGAAGGGCAACAGGAAAUUGAAAAACUACUUUUCGAAAAAAAAGAACUUAAACGAAUAGCCAAUAUAGAUUUUGUUUUCAUGAAACAUCUUAUUCAUUUUCUUGAAUCCUUUAAAGAAUGCUCCGAGCAGCUGAGUUCAGAGAAACAACCAACGAUGCAUAUUUACGUACUCUGGUUUGAAAAGUUAAAAAAACAUUGCAAUUCACUUAAUGAGUUUGUAGAUGCAGAUAUUAUAAGUCAACUAAUAUCUAAUACGUUAAAUUCAUUUCAAAAACGCUUUCAGCCAGCAACUAUAUAUUUGGUUGACCUCUGUUGUGCUAUUAAUAGUUUUUAAUAGCUGCCAAAUGAAUUAAAAUUCCAGAGUUCAAUAUCAAUCCAACUUCAGUCUUUAUUUUCGAGGGUUCAACUCUAACCCAACUUGCAGUCGCUUCCAACCAAGAACAAAAUUACAAGUGGCAAAGCUUAGCAAUAUGAAUUUACCAAUAAGAACGCACACAAAUGCAAGAUUUGCAGCUUUACAAAAAAACUCCCCAAAGCGCAUACGCUACAAAUAACAAUAAAGCGCAUCCGAAACUGGGA